UGUGUUUCUGCAGACAUGGUGGAGGUGUUUUCUGGGAGGACCAUCCUGAAUAAAGAGGGGGAAACAGUGGAUCCUGAGGAGGCUCUGAGGAACAAAGUGGUGGGGAUCUACUUUUCUGCAGGGUGGUGUCCGCCGUGUAGGGAUUUCACGCCCAUCCUGUGUGACUUCUACACGGAGCUGGUGGAGGAGAGGGAGCCUGCUGCUCAGUUUGAGAUCGUUUUCAUCUCCUCUGAUAAAUCUGCGGACGAUAUGGUGGAGUAUUACCACGACAUGCACGGAGACUGGCUGGCUCUGCCCUGGACGGACGACUACAAGAAUGAGUUGAAGCAGCGCUACAAGAUCACGGCGGUUCCUAAGCUGGUGAUCGUGAAGGAGAACGGAGACGUGAUCACGGAAAAAGGACGGAAACAGAUCCGAGACAAAGGGCUGUCGUGCUUCAGCUCUUGGCUCGAAGCCGCAGAGAUCUUCCAGAACUUUAAGGGGUAGAAAACAUGAGAAAACAUCCAC